ACUAUCUUUAUGAGUUAUGACAUCUCAAAUGGACUCAAAUCUUUUUCUUGAAGCAUCGCAAAGGUGUCUUGCUCUGUUUUCUUUCUUUCUUGCUUUUCUAUGACUAACGGGAACAGAAACAGAGACAACUGCGGUGGCAGUAGCAGCAACGUUGCUGAUUCCUUCCAGACAUUCUUCAAUGGCUGGUUGGGGAGGCAGCAGCAUUUUCUGGAUCAAUUGCUUUCUGCUCAACAAUGCAGCCAUGAACCUCCUUAUGAAGAUCUCAAGGAUCUUAUUCGCGGCAUGCUUGCUCAUUACCAGCAGUACUAUGAAGAAAAAUCUAGGAUGGUGCAACAAAAUGUGUUUCUUGUCUUUUGUCCAACUUGGUUCUCUCCGUUUGAGCGUUCCACGCUUUGGAUUGGCGGGUUCAAGCCGGCGCUGGCGUUUAGGCUUGUGUCUGACUCUGUUUCCGACUUGUCUCUAGACCAAUGGGAGAGCAUGCAGAGGCUGAUUUUGGAGACGAGAGUUGAAGAGAGGAUCCUGAAUGAUGAGAUGGCAAGGAUUCAGGAAAGCAUGGCGGGACCCCAGUUGCUGGAGAUUGCAAGGCAGAGGGCGCAACUAGGGGGAGGGGCGAUUGCGGAGGAGGCAGCAGGUCUAGAGAUGUUGAGGAAGGCAAUGCAGGAGGUGGUGGCAAGUGCAGAUAUGCUGAGGAUAACCACGGCUGCACGGGUGGUGGAGAUACUUAACCCAGUGCAGAAUGUUAAGUUCUUCGCCGCCGCAGCACAGCUGAUGCUGGCAGCAAGAAAUGUAGGGUGGCAGAAAGACACUGAGAAGUGAUGCCUGCCCUGUUCUAUUACAUAUCCAUGGUUGUAACUUGUAAAUAUAUUACGAGAAAGCUGCAGAAUGGAAAAUCAGAACUUUUUCUGGCUAUAAGUCAAUGACAGUUUGAUUAUUCGAGUAUGAGGUCGGGAUUUCCAUGCCAUAAAAAAGACUGAAGUGC